GUUGCCCUGUGUUUUCUGUGGUAUAUAGACAUAUCAACAUCGAAAUCAGCUCGGUUUCUAGUUGUUGAUUGGCUCCAUCUUGGUGACUUUGCUUGGUGUCCACCCUGUUGUCCUUGCUACGAUUACACAAAAGAUUACGGACUAUCCAACCCUUACCAUCACGUGGCAUGUCAUCUGUCCACUCGUCCUGACUGUGACUAUCACUAUGACCAGUGUAAGGACUAUUGUGUCAGACAUUUAUCAACUGAACAUUCCAGUUUAAAACCAAAUCCCUCCGCCUCUGUAACCUCUGACCCGAUGACGUCUACCCCGAUGACGCAUGAUCAUCUGACCUCUGCUACCUUGACCUCUGCUCCGGCAACAUUCCUGUCGACUUCCGCUAGGCCUGUUAAAUGCGAUAAAAUCAAGGUUCUAGAUGCAAUUGCCUUGAAUAUUGCAAUAUCGAUCAACGACAAUGUUAACCAGUCUUGUCCGGAUCAUCCAGACAAGGCCCCUUCUGAUGACCUUAUGUACACCGUCUGUGACGUCACACCUCAGUCAACUGUCUUCAAAGGGGCCGCGAUGAUGAGAAACUGUUACUUCCAUAAACCUUACACGGCCGUCAAGGCAUUUACCACAGACACCAAGAACCUUUCCCUGGCCUUGUCGGGUGUGUUCAUAGAGUGUCUUCCGAAUGGAUUCAAGAUGGUAGUCCAGUCAUGUGAGAGCGCCCCCUACAUACUGUCAGUUACAGAAGAUAACCACCAGGGGGCACUUGCGCCUCAGUUUUAUCAUAUGCUUAUGACGUAA